GUCGUUUAACAAUCCCUAUGAUGCAGGUACAGUACGGACCGCACUCGCGAAGCUUUCCUACUUAAUACUGACCAUGCCUCCCCGUUGGUGUUUCUGCCUCUGUCCACACCGAGUUUUGCGUCACCUUCAUUUGCAUCUCUUCAGGUCGAAGACCACGUGACUCGGCCUUCUUUUUCGAGUGGUACCUAGGGCGUAACUUUUCAGUCUUACAUCUAGUAUCUUAUAGUUCAUAUUCGAUCAACCUUCCGAGGUCGCUCUUCCACUCAAUCCUACAUAAUCUCCCCUUCCCCUGCCUUCCUUUCGUCAUUGCCAGAAGACCAGAAGUCUCUCCAUCGUUCGAGACUCCACCAUGAAGUCCUCAUGCGGAUCCAGUCUCCUGCUAGCCAGUAUUUUGUCACUUGGCCUGGUCAGUGCCAACCCAUUGGUUCCUCGUGCCCUCAAGGUGUCAACGGAUGGCAGCUGUGGAGGAACGACUACGUGCCAGGGCUCUACGUUCGGGAAUUGUUGCUCGCAGUAUGGGUGGUGUGGUUCAUCAAGUGCCUACUGCGGAACCGGGUGCCAACCGGCCUUCGGGACUUGCUCGGGAAGUCCAUCAACUGUGAAGCCUACGUCAACUCUCAAGCCAACUUCUACUGCAAAAUCUACCUCCACUGGCUCCGCUACCCCAACAGCCACAAGCUUGACCGACUGCUUGAAUAGCAAGAAUAUCCCUAUUUCCUUGAUUACGUCUCCGGAUUAUGCAAGCCUCGCUGAACCAUUCAAUACUCGCCUUCCAUACAAGCCUGUCGUCAUCGUUCUUCCCAUUACUGCCCAGCAUGUUCAGGAUGCUGUCAUCUGUGCAUCAAAGGCUGGUGUCAAGGUCCAGGCCAAGAGCGGUGGUCACUCUUACGCAUCGUACAGCUCAGGUGGAAAAGAUGGCAGCAUGAUGAUCGACCUCCAGCCAAUGCAAGGCGUCAAGCUCGACACUACGACUGGCAUCGUCACCGUAGGUGGUGGUGUCCGCCUCGGAAAUUUGGCAAAAGGCAUCUACGACCAAGGAAAGCGAGCUCUUCCCCAUGGAACUUGUCCUGGCGUUGGUAUCGGCGGACACUCAACCCACGGAGGUUACGGCCAUACUAGCCGCAAUUGGGGUUUGGCUCUGGAUACUAUUGUGGCGGCUGAUGUUGUCCUCGCCAACGGUACGCUAGUGAAGUGUUCCAAGACGCAGUAUCCCGAUAUCUUUUGGGCUAUUCGUGGAGCUGCUGACUCUUUUGGGGUCAUCGUCAAUUUCUACAUGCAGACAAAUGUAGCACCAACCGCUAUCACAUACUUCGCCUUCAGCUGGAGUAACAUGUUUGGCUCCAAGCAGACCUUCACAAAUACGUUCCUACACAUCCAGGACUUUGGCAAGAACGCCUCCGUAAUCGAUAGUCGCAUUUCAUUUGGUAUCUACAUGGAUGGGUCUACAUAUAACCUUGGGGGCACAUUCUUUGGCACUGUCGAUGAAUUCAACUCCAAAAUCAAGCCCGAGCUCCUUCGCAGCCUUCCAGCACCCACUACCACCACGGUUAAAUCACUAGGCUGGAUCGACUAUCUUGUUCUGCUCUCAGACAAGACAACCAUUGAGGAGCCCUUGACUGGCUACGACGAGCACGACAAUUUCUUUGCCAAAUCGAUCACUGUUCCUGAGGCUUCAGGUGGACUCACUGCCACCACCCUCAAUGCCUUCUACGACCAAGUCAAGACCGCAGGAUCCGUCUCUUGGUUUGUCAUCAUCAAUCUUUAUGGUGGUCCAAAAUCGUCCAUCAACGACCCAUCCAAGGACACUAACUUCGCGGCCUACAACGACCGCGACUCCCUCUGGGUGUUGCAGAACUAUGGUGAAACCGCUGCCAGCAUCCCGUUCAUCAAUGGUAUCAAUAAUGCCAUCACCAAGGCACAGCCUAACACCAACUUCGGCGCGUAUCUGAACUACGUGGACCCUAGUUUGGACGCUGCGACGGCGCACAAGGUCUAUUAUGGAGAUGCUUUAUAUGCCAGGUUGCUGGCAUUGAAGAAGACUGUGGAUCCUACCAGCGUUUUCUGGAAUCCUCAAGCUAUCGGUGCUUAGCGGAGAAACGCGAAAUGGGCAGAUGGUUGGGUGGAACGUAUAUGCAUUAUAUCUGGCGCCUUA